AAACGCAGCGUGGACCGCUACUAUGAUAACACUGGGGAGGUCCGACGUAGUUGCGCUUACAUUUCUACACUCUCUUGAACUCGAAGCAAAGAAAUGAUACAAAGCUACUCCUAAACUUAGUAAUUAACCCUUACGGAGAUUUUAAAAUACAGAUAGGAAAAGGAUCAACAAGCAUGCAUUACACACUUUUUCCUCCCCACGAUGGAAGGAUGGGCAGGUCGAGAAUUACAAGUUCCGGGUUUCCUGUGAGGGAGGGGGAAAGCUUUUAGAACUACAGUAGGACGGGAAACCGGAAGCAGCGGCUACUGGGGCAAUGGCGAUCUUCAGUGUGUAUGUGGUGAACAAGGCCGGCGGCCUUAUCUACCAACUGGACAAUUAUGCGCCUCGAGCGGAGGGUGAGAAAACCUUCAGCUAUCCGCUCGACCUGUUACUUAAACUACACGACGAGCGCGUUCUUGUUGCCUUUGGCCAGCGAGACGGCAUCAGAGUGGGACAUGCAGUUCUGUCCAUCAAUGGCGUGGAUGUGAAUGGCAAGUACACUGCAGAAGGGAAGGAGGUGCUGGAAUAUCUUGGGAACCCGGCCAACUACCCCGUGUCUAUCCGCUUCGGACGACCCCGCCUCACGUCCAACGAAAAGCUGAUGCUGGCUUCAAUGUUCCACUCGCUUUUUGCCAUCGGCUCCCAGCUGUCUCCCGAGCAAGGGAGUUCUGGCAUCGAGAUGCUCGAGACAGACACCUUCAAACUCCACUGCUUCCAGACACUGACAGGUAUCAAGUUUGUAGUACUGGCAGAUCCUCGACAGGGUGGGAUUGAUUCUCUUUUGCGGAAGAUCUAUGAGAUUUACUCAGACUUUGCCCUCAAGAACCCAUUCUACUCUUUGGAGAUGCCUAUCAGGUGUGAGCUAUUUGACCAGAACCUGAAGCUAGCCCUGGAAGUGGCUGAAAAAGCUGGGACCUUUGGGCCAGGAUCUUAAGCUCUCCAGCAAAGACCAAAGUUUCUGACUGACCCAGCCAUUUUACUAAAGAUCCAAAUAUCUAUGUUCAAGCACAUCAAGAAGAGUGGACUCUGAGCAAGAGAAAGUGAUGCGGUACUUGAGAACCAACUUUUCAAUGUACCAUCUGCCCUCUUUCCUGUAUAUAAUGGUCCUACCUCCCCAAUGUACCAUCUGCCCUCUUUUCUGUAUAUAAUGGUCCUACCUCCCCAACAUUGUACAGAUCUAUUUAUGGAAGGAGACCUGAUUGAAGGUGCUGUAAUAAACAUUCCUGUGAA